UUUGCACAGGGAGUGGAGAUUUCAGAUGUCAAUUUCAGCGUUUCGCUCCACCGUGUUAGGUUGGAAAAGAUUUCUUUUUAACCUUCAGUAGGGACGGCAGUAAGAUGUGUGUUCGUUUGGAUUUGCGAAAUCAGUGGUUUCGGCUGAGUUUUGUUAUCAUUGUAUUCGACGAUGCUGAAUGUUAUCGAUAGAAUAGCGAGAAAUGUCGUUGAGCAAGAUCAAGUAUUAAACUGACUUACAACGAUCUGACUGAUGAGAGAAACAAGUGGGUCAAUGUACCAUACAUUUUACCAGAGUUAUGUUUAUAGCUUUUAAAGAUUCUCUACGGCAGAAUUAGGAAGUCCCGGUAAUUGUAAGGAAAUGAAUUGGAUUUUGGUCUUGGACUUCGUAGUACUUUGCUUCGUAACCUUUCAACGUAAGCUGAGAACUGUGGACGCAUAUGGGGACGAAGACGAUCGGAGAUGCGAUCCCAUCAAAAUAUCAAUGUGCCAGGAUUUGGGAUAUAAUGUGACUAAAAUGCCGAAUCCAGUGGGUCACGAGUUGCAAACAGACGCUGAGUUGCAGUUACAAACUUUUACACCUUUGAUUCAAUAUGGCUGUUCAAGUCAACUACAGUUUUUUCUGUGUUCCGUUUAUGUGCCGAUGUGCACGGAGAAAAUCGACAUCCCGAUCGGACCGUGUGGCAGUAUGUGCCAUUCUGUGAAGCGGAGAUGUGAACCUGUACUGAACGAAUUCGGUUUCAACUGGCCCGACGCUUUAAACUGCAGCAAAUUUCCACCACAGAACGAUCAUAACCACAUGUGCAUGGAAGGGCCUGGAGACGAAGACAUCCCCUAUCACACCAGCAAAACUUCCAUCUCAGCGGAAGAAGAGUGCCAAAAUAUGGGCAACGACUUGCACCAGUACAUCUGGGUCAAGAGAAGUCUUACUUGCGCCCUGAAGUGUGGCUACGAUGUCGGUUUGUACAGUAGAUCUGCCAAAGAAUUCACUGAUAUUUGGAUGGCAGUUUGGGCCAGUCUGUGUUUUUUAUCAACAGCUUUCACAGUCCUGACAUUCCUAAUCGAUUCUUCUCGAUUUUCAUACCCAGAACGCCCUAUCAUCUUUCUCAGUAUGUGCUACAACAUUUAUAGCAUUGCCUAUAUAGUUAGGCUCACAAUGGGCAGAGAACGUAUAUCUUGUGAUUUCGAGGACGCCGCUGAACCUGUGCUAAUUCAAGAAGGUCUCAAAAAUACUGGAUGUGCUAUUGUUUUCCUACUGAUGUACUUUUUUGGGAUGGCGAGCUCCAUCUGGUGGGUAAUCUUGACACUGACUUGGUUCUUAGCCGCUGGUCUCAAGUGGGGACACGAGGCAAUAGAGAUGCACAGUUCCUACUUCCACAUUGCAGCCUGGGCCAUCCCAGCGGUAAAAACCAUCGUCAUUCUGAUCAUGCGCCUAGUGGAUGCCGAUGAACUCACUGGGUUGUGCUAUGUUGGAAACCAGAACAUCGAUGCCAUCACUGGGUUUGUGGUAGCACCUUUAUUCACAUACCUAGUUAUAGGAACGUUGUUCAUUGCAGCUGGUCUUGUGGCUUUAUUCAAAAUUAGAUCUAAUCUUCAGAAAGAUGGGACCAAAACAGAUAAGCUUGAAAGGCUAAUGGUAAAAAUUGGGGUCUUUUCUGUUUUGUAUACAGUCCCAGCUACCUGUGUCAUUGCUUGUUAUUUUUAUGAGAUAUCAAACUGGAAUCGCUUUAAGCAUUCAGCGGAUGACUCGAAUACAGCAGUAGAGAUGUUAAAAAUAUUCAUGUCUUUAUUGGUGGGCAUCACUUCUGGCAUGUGGAUUUGGUCUGCAAAGACAUUACAUACUUGGCAAAAGUGUUCAAACAAACUUGUGAGUUCAGGACAAACAAAGCGAGAUAAACGUGGAGAUGCCUGGGUUAAACCAGCAAAAGGCAAUGAAACUGUUGUGUAAAUGUGUAAAAUGUUGCAGGAAGCAAAGAGCAAUGUCCCUUCUCUGGGUUUACAUAAGUUGCAUUUUGAAACAUUACAAAUGAAAUUUGUCUUUUUUGUCAUAUUGUGCAGCAUUUUUAGAAAGUUCAGAGUACAUUAAGAAUCUCCUAAAGUGCCUAAGAACAUCGAUUCAUAAUUUUAGGAAAAUUUUAAAGUAACACUAAUGAAAAUAUUUCCUAAUUCUACAACCUCAAAGGGUGUAACUACUUGGUCCAAGACUUGAUCAUGCUUUCAAAGUUUAAUAUUGUAUAUAUUAGGUGAUGAAUUUGAACUUGUGAAACACAAAAUGUAAGCCAAAAGGAGGAUUUACAAGAAGCUUUAGACAAACAAUGACAUGCUCUUUAAACAUUGCAGUGUCUACAUGGAUACACUUCAGUUAAAGAGUCCCACUACCAUUUACAUCGAUGGUAAUUAUUGUACACUGGAAAUAUAGACCAAAAUAUGAUUGAAUACAACCAACAGUCUAGCAUUGUGCACUAUACCCAAUCCUUGCAUGUAUUGAAAUGGACCGUUACUUGCUAACACCUCUGUACAAUAAGUCUGCCUUGUUGCUUUAUAUGUGCAUUAAAAGUUGUUUAAAAGCACUAUAAACACAACAGGCAGAUGUUUGUGUAUAAAUGUUGGUCAAUGAAUGCCCAAGUGUUUAAAAUCCUCAGUGCCUUAUAUGUGCAGAAUGACUACAAAGUCUUUCAUUCAUGGCAAAAUUAAUGAAAGAUGUUUCCUGCCUUUUACCAUAAAUGCCUGUACAAAGAUCAAUCAUGAUUAAUAUUUUGAGGAUUGUUAGCAUUGUGCCUAUAAAAGUAAAGCUAUGAAGUGACUAUUAAGGACUUAGUAAUCUAAUAAUGGUACACGUACAAUACAAAAAUCUUUGACAAUGGAAAUCCACAAAUUAAAACUGUACUGGAAAUACUGCACCAUCACAAUACCAAGGAAAACGAAUUGGAUUUUAGUGGGAAACCAUUAGCUUGAAUUGUCAUAAUUUGUUUCUCAUUAGUUUUAUGUUACCAGCUUUCUGCAUUUGAUACAAUUCCAUACAUUUGAAUGGAAGCAAAGUAAAACCAGGAAGAGUCUUUUCUAUUACAUGGGAGAGGAACAAUAUGCAUCUUGGUAUGGCUUGAAUAAGUUUAAUGUUGCUUAUUACCUUUUUACAUAAUGCCUAAUCCCAGUAAAUCUGCAUUGGUUUCUAUCUGUCUAUAAAUAUUCAGAGUUGAAUGUCCCAUCAUUUGACAUAAAUAAAUGGUAUGUGUUGUUAUUGCCAGUUUAUUUUGAAAAUACCUUGAAAAGUUACCAUUCAAGGAUUUGACCAGACUGAAAAGUAGAAAAUCAAAUCUACUAUGUAGAGGGAAUCAAGAAAAUUAUCUUCUAUUGAUUAAAAUCAGAAAAGGCGAUUCAAAUGGAGUUUUACUGAAUUUUUAUUGUAUUUUAACUCUAUGGGCUGACUACAGUCAAUUUUGAAUCUGAUUUGUUUGUUUUUAUCCUUGGACAAUGAUCUUACAAGAAAUAAGUGAAAUACUGCUUCACUAUAAUUGUGCAGUAUUUUCAAAGGAGAACAAUACUCUUUGGAAGUGUUAGUUACUUAUUACUGUGUAUCUACAGUACAUCUCCAACUCACAAUGAAUGUGUACACAGAAUUCUGUAUCUGAUAAACAUUUUGAGUUUAUCAUUGAUUUUUCUACACUUGUUUUGUCAAUGCCCUUGAAAACAUUGUUUGCAUAGUGCAGAUGAAUCCCACAUUAUUGGAGGGAGGGAGGGCCACUUGCAUUACCAGAUGAAGCCCAAGACAUUAUAGCGUUAAACAGUUUUCAAAUGUUCGAAAAUGCUCUGUCAUCUGUAAAUAUAUGCAAUGUAAAUUUCUAAUUUAUCUUUGUAAAAACUCGCCUCCGUAUUUAAAAUACAAGAAGUAAAACAAAAUUUUUUUGUAAUUGCUGUGAAUUUCAUGUAUUUCAAAAUAAAAAUAUUAACAUUU